CACAGUGACUUAAGCUCCUCAAAGCCCACACUCUCAAAUUCAGUUAACAAUUUCACAGUUGUUUUCUUCAGUCUCUCUCUCAGCCAUGGCUGCAGCCAUCUCCACCGUCGCUGCCGCUGCCGCCGCCAACCGAGCUCUGGGAGUGUCAGUCCCAACCUCAGCUUUCAUGGGGAAGAAAGUGAGCUCAAGAUUCAACAGCACCAGGCAGGUUCCUUCGGGAAGUUUUAAGGUGAUGGCGGCGGAGAAAGAGAUAGACGAAGAGACACAGACCGAAAAGGACCGAUGGAAAGGGUUGGCUUACGAUAUUUCGGACGACCAACAAGACAUUACUCGAGGGAAAGGGAUGGUGGAUUCCUUGUUCCAAGCUCCCAUGAAUGAUGGAACUCACUAUGCCGUCAUGAGUUCCUAUGAAUACCUCAGCCAAGGUCUUAAAACGUACAAUUUGGACAACAACAUGGAUGGUUUCUACAUUGCUCCUGCAUUCAUGGACAAGCUUGUUGUUCACAUCACCAAGAACUUCAUGUCCCUCCCUAACAUUAAGGUUCCUCUAAUCUUGGGUAUUUGGGGAGGCAAAGGUCAAGGAAAAUCUUUCCAAUGUGAGCUUGUGUUUGCCAAGAUGGGUAUCAACCCCAUCAUGAUGAGUGCCGGAGAACUGGAAAGUGGAAACGCCGGUGAACCAGCCAAGUUGAUCAGGCAAAGGUACCGCGAAGCUGCCGACAUAAUCAAAAAGGGCAAAAUGUGCGCCCUCUUCAUUAACGAUCUCGAUGCUGGUGCCGGUCGUAUGGGAGGAACCACCCAAUACACCGUCAACAACCAGAUGGUUAAUGCUACCCUCAUGAACAUCGCCGAUAACCCCACCAACGUCCAGCUCCCCGGUAUGUACAACAAGGAAGAGAACCCCCGUGUCCCCAUUAUCGUCACUGGUAACGAUUUCUCCACACUGUAUGCUCCUCUCAUCCGUGACGGUCGUAUGGAGAAAUUUUACUGGGCACCAACUAGGGACGACCGUGUCGGUGUUUGCAAAGGUAUUUUCAGGACCGACGGCAUCCCAGAUGAAGACAUUGUUAAGCUCGUCGACACCUUCCCCGGCCAAUCCAUCGAUUUCUUCGGUGCCUUGAGGGCUCGGGUUUACGAUGACGAAGUGAGGAAAUGGAUCAGUGAUGUCGGAGUUGCAGGCGUAGGGAAGAAGUUAGUGAACUCAAGGGACGGACCUCCAACAUUUGAGCAACCGAAAAUGACCAUUGAAAAGCUAUUGGAAUAUGGAAACAUGCUUGUUGCUGAGCAAGAGAAUGUUAAGAGAGUCCAAUUGGCUGACAAAUACUUGAGUGAAGCUGCCCUUGGUGAAGCUAAUGAAGAUUCUAUCAACAGAGGAACUUUCUAUGGCAAAGCAGCACAACAAGUUGGGGUUCCAGUUCCCGAAGGAUGCACUGAUCCAAAUGCUGAUAACUUUGAUCCAACGGCUAGAAGUGAUGAUGGAACUUGCACUUACCAAUUUUAACCUUGUAUUAUAGUAGUAUUGGGUUGAAAAAGAAAACCCUUUUUCUAUUUUAUGUCAUGAUGUGAGAUUGUUCCAAAACUAUCGUUUGCCUUUUGUUGUUCCAAUUAUAUGAUUUUGCUCUUUUUUUCCCCA